AUGGCUCAAGACGCCGAUGUGCCCAAGGCGGCCGACAAAGGAAAAGGAAAGGCUGUCGAUGACCCCAAGAACGAGAAUGCUGCCGUCAACGGCAAGAAGGAGACCGACGAGAAGGGUGUCGCUGGCGAGGAAGAGCUUAACGAGGAAGACCAGCAGCUCAAGGGUGAGCUCGAUAUGAUGGUGGAACGAUUGACUGAAUCAAACAAAGAGCUCUACAAGACAGCACUCGAGGCCAUGAAGACAUCGAUAAAGACUUCCACAUCGUCAAUGACGGCUGUACCGAAGCCUUUGAAAUUCCUAAGACCGCACUACGAGACCUUGACGAACCUGUACGAGGAGUGGCCCGCUGGCGAUAACAAGACAUCUCUCGCCGAUGUUCUCUCCGUCAUCGGCAUGACAUUUUCCGACGAGGACCGACAGGACACCCUCAAGUUCCGACUCCUUGCACCUACAUCCGACAUUGGCGCUUGGGGCCACGAAUACGUUCGCCACCUGGCGUUGGAGAUUGGUGAGGUUUACGGCAAGCGCAUCGCCGCUGAUGAGCCCACCAAGGAUCUCCUUGACCUCGCCCUGACCCUUGUUCCCCUGUUUAUCGAGAGCAACCAGGAGGCAGACGCCGUGGAUCUCAUGAGCGAACUUGAGAUUAUCGAUCAGAUCCCGAAACACGUCGACGAAAACACAUACUCCCGAGUCUGCCUGUACAUGGUCAGCAUGGUCAACCUUCUCACAUACCCCGACAACGAACAGUUCUUGCGCACCGCCCACAAAAUUUAUCUUGAGUACAAGCAGUAUGCCCGAGCCAUGGUUUUGGCCAUCAGACUUCACGAUUACGACCUGAUUCGAUCCGAUUUUGUCAAGGCUGAGGACCCUGCCCUGAAGAAGCAGCUAGCUUUCCUCAUUGCUCGCCAAAGAAUAACACUGGAGCUGCCUGGCGAUGAGGAUGAGGAGCUCAACAACUGCUUGUCCAACCUGAAGCUUGCCGAAUACUUUAAAACUUUGGCUAAGGACCUUAACAUUCUCGAGCCCAAGACAACAGAAGACAUUUACAAGAGCCACCUCGAAAGCAGCCGCGUUGCGGGCAUGACCAACCUGGACUCUGCCAGACACAACUUGGCUGCCGCUUUCGUCAAUGCUUUCGUCAAUGCAGGCUUUGGCAACGACAAGAUGAUGCUUGUUGACGGAGAGAAAGAGACAUGGGUCUGGAAGACCAAGGGUGAUGGCAUGAUGUCCACCGUGGCUUCCAUGGGUACCUUAUUGAUGUGGGAUAUUGAGAAUGGGCUUGAUAAGAUCGACCGCUACACAUACUCCAACGAAAACGAGAUUUCCGCAGGAGCCAUGCUUGCGAUUGGCAUUAUGAACUCGGGAGUUCGCGUCGAGUCAGAGCCUGCCCUGGCGCUGCUGGCUGAUACGGAGAAGCUUAAUUCACCUAACCCUAUGGUCCGCACUGCUUGUAUCAUGGGCCUUGGAUUGUCUUAUGCUGGUUCGAAUAAGGAGGAACUGCUCGAGCUGCUCCUGCCCAUCAUCAGCGACUCUUCGCUAGAUAUGCAAAUUUCGGCCAUGGCUGCUCUGGCCUGCGGUAUGGUCUUUGUUGGAUCCUCUCACCACGAAGUCAGCGAAGCCAUCGUUACCACUCUUAUGGACGAUGACCGCAAGAGCCAGUUGACUGACAAGUGGACUCGCUUCCUUGCUCUUGGUCUUGGUCUCUUGUUCUUUGGCCGUCAAGAGGAAGUCGACGUUAUUCUCGAGACCCUCAAGGCUGUCGAACAUCCCAUGGCUAAGCCCACUGCUGUACUGGCCGAGAUUUGUGCCUGGGCAGGUACCGGUGCCGUGCUCAAGAUUCAGGAACUGCUCCACAUCUGCAACGAGCACAAGGAAGAGUCUGACGAUAAGAAGGGCGAUGAGCUCCUCCAGGCUUAUGCUGUGAUUGGUAUCGCGCUCGUUGCCAUGGGUGAGGAUGUCGGCCAAGAAAUGGUUCUCCGCCAGUUCGGCCACCUAAUGCACUAUGGCGAGCCCAAUAUCCGCAAGGCUGUCCCACUGGCCAUGGGUCUCAUCAGCCCCAGCAACCCUCAGAUGAAGGUCUACGACACUCUAUCACGAUACAGCCACGACACUGACCCUGAAGUCGCCAUCAAUGCCAUCUUCGCCAUGGGUAUGCUCGGUGCCGGCACCAACAACGCGCGUCUGGCGCAGCUCCUCCGCCAACUAGCCAGCUACUACCACCGCGACCAGGAUGCCCUCUUCAUGGUUCGCAUCGCCCAGGGCCUGCUUCACAUGGGCAAGGGCACUAUGUCCAUCAAUCCUUUCCACACUGACCGCCAGGUCCUGUCUCGCGUCGCCGCCGCCGGUCUGCUCUCCACCAUGGUCGCUCUGAUUGACCCCAAGGAGUUUAUCACCUCCGGCUCGCACUACCUACUCUACUUUAUCGUCACAGCCAUGCACCCCCGCUUCCUGGUGACACUGGACGAAGAUCUCAAGCCCCUCAAGGUCAAUGUUCGCGUCGGUCAGGCUGUCGACGUUGUUGGCCAGGCUGGCCGCCCCAAGACGAUCACCGGUUGGCAGACACAGAGUACGCCGGUUCUCCUGGCGUACGGCGAGAGAGCAGAGCUCGAGGACGAGCAGUAUAUUAGCCUGAAUAGCACACUCGAGGGCUUGGUGGUUUUGCGCAAGAACCCUGACUGGGAAGAGGAGCAAUAA